AUGGCUUCGGACGAAGGACACCUGAGCCCCACAGCCUGUACGCUGAGAAAACACAAGACCAAUCGGAAGCCUCGAACACCUUUCACAACUUCCCAGCUGCUAGCUUUAGAGCGCAAAUUCCGUCAGAAGCAGUAUCUAUCCAUUGCUGAACGGGCUGAAUUCUCAAGUUCCCUCAAUCUUACAGAGACCCAGGUCAAAAUAUGGUUCCAGAACCGGAGGGCCAAGGCAAAAAGACUGCAGGAAGCAGAGCUGGAGAAGUUAAAAAUGGCAGCAAAGCCCAUGUUGCCAUCUGGUUUUAGCCUCCCUUUCCCUAUCAACUCGCCGCUCCAGGCCGCCUCUCUCUAUGGAACAUCAUAUCCCUUUCACAGACCUGUGCUUCCCAUCCCACCUGUAGGACUCUAUGCUACUCCUGUGGGCUACAGCAUGUAUCACUUAUCGUAAGAAGACCGGAAAGGGAUGAUGGAGUGUACUCAGUUAAAAAGUGCUGUACAGAACUAUUGACUGGUCAUUUUUCACCUACUUGUAAUGUGCCUUAUCAAAUAUAUAGGAAUUUGAACCCAGAACCUGUAUUCUGCAACUUGGGAACCAACCAAAUGUGAGCUCACCAGCUAGAAUCUGAUCCUGAAUGCAAGGUUGUUGUUUUUUUAAUAUACAGACUUUAAGGAAUAUAGUUUAUUUAUAUACUGCACAGGGAAGGGGGAUUACUUUGAUAACUAUUCCCAGGAAAAUGUAUGAUUUAAUUAUUAACCUCCUCAAAGUUCCCAGUAAACCUGUGAAAUAUCAUUCACACACCCACACACCUCGAAAGUGAGUAGCUUUCAGUCCUUUCUUAUGCCUGCUUAUUCAGAAGGAAUAUAUCUCACUUUGUUCAGUAGUACUUAUUCCCAUAGUGGGGUGUGAGUGCAGGCAUGGAGGUGAAAAAGCACAUGUACUCUUUGACUGACUGAGGAAGCUUAAACAUACAGAGAAGCUUUACUUAUGAAACCAACUUCAGAAAUAAAAGCUGAUUUGAGACUGGGUUGGUUUCUGCAUUUCUCUUGGGACUCCUUCACUGUACUCCAGACAGCCCUGGAAACUGAAAUGCAAGGAACUGGAAUACUUCCGAUACAAAAUGAUGGAUUGGGUGGAUUGUUGAUCUGAUCUGGCAAAGUAGGUUUUCCAUUCCUUUAUAAAAUUCCCUCCUGGAAUAUUUCCUGUAGAAUGGCACCCAUGAAGUGGGAUUUCCCCAUUUCAAUCUUGUAAAGGAUUUCUACAGAUGCAAGUUUUGCCAAGUUUUCCUUUGCAGUUUAGUCUUGUUUGUAAGGCGGCGUUCAGAUGGGUACAAGGGUAUAUGAUGCCACAAGCAGAGGAAAACCCUAGAAGCCUCUUUUAGAUUUGUCUUGAUCCCGGUUGCCCAUGUCCAUUUAAUUAUCAUUUAAAUCAAGUCUGCAUUCAGCCGACAUUUUGAUUUUGGGAACAAACAGGUUAGAGAUACAAAAAGAGGAUAUACAGUUGUGCAGAUGUGCGGAGGGAUGAUGAAACCAGAAUUGUUUUGUGUUGCAGAGUUGUUUUGUGUUUAUUGCAAUAAUCUUGUGAUUUAACCAUUAUUAGCUUGUAAAAAUGAAUUAUGCUUAAAUGAGUCUUGACACCCGCCCACAAACCCAGAGGAUGAAACAAAGCUAUGAGAACAAAGUAGUGCCGCCCACUCUAAAGACAGGACAGCUCUCCUCUCUUUGAUUUAUUUCAGAGGAGGGCAGGGAGGAAAGAGUUCUGCUUGGCAUAUAUGGUACUAUAUAACCCAAUUGUUUUAAUUGUUUUAUUAAUACUAUGGCUAAACCUUGUGGUAAAGUGUCGACAGAGGAGGCAGGUUGCUGAAGACCAGAUGUUUCCAAAGUGUGUUUUUUUCCGCAUGUCCUCAAGAGUGAGAAGGAAGCUGCCCUGCUACAGUUGUGAAUCUUUUGUCUAUUAGUUCAGUGCUGGCCUUUUACCCACCCAUCCCUAGCCUACGAAAAUCCCUUUGAAAGGGAUGCCUUGUACAAUUUUAUAUAUUUUAUUGAAGAUUUAUUAUUU